AUGUUCCGUCUAAUGAUACUACUUGCCGGCCUCUACAAUUUGCUUCUGUCACAAUCAGGUUCUCAAAAUUUAUCUCUACAAAUUAUAAUUCCAGAGAAGAUCUAUACAAAAGCAAGUGAUAAUUCAAAAAUAGAAACUGACCAUAUAACCUAUAUCAUUCCAAUAGAUGGGCGACCAUAUAAUGUGCACCUUAAAAAACGAUUUAUUUUAUCAGACAAUUUUAUGAUUUACAUAUAUAAUGAAGGAUUUGUGAGUUCUCAAUAUUUAGACACGCAGAAUCAGUGCUACUACCAAGGAUACAUCGAAGGAUAUCCAAAUUCUAUUGUCACACUCAGCACAUGCUCUGGAAUUAGAGGAAUAAUACAAUUUAAAAAUGUUUCAUAUGGAAUAGAACCUCUAGAAUCUGAUACUGAAUUCAAACAUAUCCUUUUCAAAUUAAAAAAUGACAACAAACAUCCAGCUGCUAUAAAAAAUUACAAAGAAACAGAACAAGGAACAAUCUUGGGUUUACAUUCACACGUAGAAUCAACUCUGGAACUAAAUCCUCUCUAUCUAGAAACAUAUAUAGUGGUGGAUAAAGCUUUGUAUGAUCACUUGGGUGCUGAUAGCAUGAUCGUAGCCAAAAAAGUCAUCGAAAUUAUUAGCCUUGUAAAUACAAUGUUUUCCCAACUUAAGGUUACAAUUGUGAUAUCAUCAUUAGAGUUGUGGUCAGAUAAUAACAAGAUUUCUACAGCUGGUGAGGCAGAUGAAUUAUUGCAAAGAUUUUUAAAAUGGAAAAAUACCUAUCUUACCUUAAGACCUCAUGAUCUUGCACUCCUUUUGAUCUAUCGUGAUACUCCAGAUUAUGUGGGAACAACAAUUCCUGGAAAGAUGUGCGUUGAUCAUUAUUCUGCAGUAAUUGCUUUGUAUCCCAAGAAGGUAACCUUGGAAGAAUUUUCUGUUGUUGUCACUCAGUUGUUGGGGCAUAGUCUUGGAAUGUCUUAUGAUGAUGUAAGUGAAUGUCAAUGUCCAGGAACCAUUUGCAUUAUGGAUCCAGAAGCUAAGAAAUUCAGUGGUGUGAAGACUUUCAGUAGUUGCAGUUUGAAUGACUUUGAAAAUUUCAUUAUAAAUAUGGGCACCAAAUGCCUAGAGAAUAGACCACAAAUGCAAACUAGAGUAGCAUUCUGUGGCAAUAAAAUAGUGGAAAGUCCAGAGCAAUGUGAUUGUGGUACAAAAGAGGAAUGUGGAUCUAAUAGCUGUUGUAAUUAUAAAACCUGUAUGCUUAAAAGUGGAGCUCAAUGUGAUACAGGCUCAUGCUGCAAGAGUGACUGUACAUUUCAACCUGCAGGUUUUACAUGUAGGCCUACUCGUCAUGCAGAAUGUGAUAUGCCUGAAACUUGUAAUGGAACCUCAGGACAAUGUCAGCCCGAUAUAACAAUACACAAUGGACGUCCAUGCAAAGGAGGAAGAUAUAUCUGUUAUGGAGGAAAUUGCCAAGAUCUUGAUGCCCGUUGUGAGGCUUUAUUUGGAAGAGGCUCACAAAGUGCUCCAUUUCACUGCUAUGAAGAAAUAAAUUCCCAAAAAGAUAGAUUUGGAAACUGUGGUGUAAAUAAUGGACAAUAUGUAUUUUGUCUUUGGAGAAAUCUUAUAUGUGGAAGGUUAAUUUGCACUUACAACUCUCGAGUUCCUUACCAAAAAGACAAUACUUCUGUGAUUUAUGCUUCUAUACGAGACACAAUAUGUAUAACAUUAGACUACAGACAGCGUAUGAAUGAACCAAAUCCAAUGAGAGUUGAGAGCGGAGCUAUUUGUGACACUAAUAGGAUUUGUGUAGAUGGUAUAUGUGUAGAAUCAAGGAAUAUUAAGAAUGAAGAAUCUGCCUGUACAAGAGGAUGCCAUGGCAAUGGAAUUUCUUCUCAGAAAAACCAGUUAGGAAUGGAAAAAAAAUGGUGGAUGCUAUGUUCCUACAUUCUUUUGCCUGGUCUCAUUAUAGGAAUCAUAGUAGCUCUUUCAUGGGAUCAAUGGAAAAAGUGUUUCAACAAGGAAGAGGAAAACCUAACUAGCAACAAAUCAGAAGGCAGCACUGACACAUAUGUUAGCGGAUCUAUGUCUGAAACCACUAACAAAACAGACACUUCCAAAUUCAAAUCAGAAUUUAGUGCUCAGACAGACGACAGCAAAUCAAAAUCAGAGGAAAAUCUCCAAUCAUCUAACAGUAACAACAUCUAA